GAGGGGGGAGCGGUGGUACAGUCCGACCAAGAUGGCGGCGGUGACAGGAGGGAUCUCAGUCACGGGGCCCGGCCGCUUCUACUCGGUGCCCGGCUCCGAGCUGCCGGGGGCGGUGGGCCACACGCUGAAUCCCAUGGUGACAGGAACCUCAGUGCUGGGGGUCAAGUUCGACGGCGGGGUCAUCCUCGCUGCCGACAUGCUGGGCUCCUACGGUUCGAUGGCCCGGUUCCGGAAUAUUCCCAGGCUGAUGAAGGUGAACGACAACACGGUCCUGGGUGCGUCGGGGGACUACGCGGAUUACCAGUACCUCAAGCAAGCCAUCGAGCAGAUGAUAUGCACUUUGCUGUGCCUAUAUGUGUACGCUGUAGCCUUGCUUGCCUUCAGAUUGAUUGGGCGGUGGGUGAGACCAGGCUGCACUCGGGAGGAGGAGGUGGCGAUGGUGGUGUUGGGGAGCCUGCUGUCUCGGUCCCUGCCCCUGUGUGUGUGUGUGUGUGUGACCUGCCCUUUGAGUGCCUCAGGCUUUCCUCCCCCUCUCUGUUUCAGGCGAUGUAAGUUGAAUCCCCUGUGGAACACCGUCAUCAUUGGUGGGAUGAACAACGGCGAGAGUUUCCUAGGUUACGUGGACAAACUGGGGGUUGCCUACGAGGCUUCGACAGUGGCAACUGGCUUCGGGGCGUACCUGGCACAGCCCCUGAUGAGGGAGGUAGCAGAAAAGCAGCAGAUCUCCAAAGACGAGGGUCGCCAGCUGAUCGAGCGCUGCCUGAAGGUCCUGUACUACCGCGACGCACGCUCCUAUAACCGGUAUCAGAUCGCGACUGUGUCAGCAGCUGGUGUAGAGAUCGAGGGCCCGAUAUCGUCAGAUACCAACUGGGAAAUCGCCCACAUGAUCAGUGGGUUUGAAUAGAAGGAUGCUACGUGUUCACAGACAGUGAAUCACUCCACACGGGAUCUGCCAUGUUCUCUCCGCACUCACUGACUGUUAAAGCCACUGUCUAUUUGCUGGGAUGCCUGUGGGACAUCUCUUUGUUGUAUUUGCUACAGGGUAUAUGUUUAUGACCUGCUGGGGUAAGGGCUUGAAAUAAAGUAACCUUCUGGAA